AUGGCGCAGAGCAUUCCCCAGAACGUAAUCGAAGGCUUGCGAACUAUGCUAUCGCUGGGGAGCCAGAACGACAAUGAGACGAGCUCUUCUUCUUCUGGGGGUCUGACGCCCGUGGAUGUGGUUAUCACUAGGAUCAUGCUCACGAAGGGGAAGAAGCUUCCGCCGGGUGUUGUUGAUGUUAUUCUCGACUUUGCGGAGUAUUGGGCGCAUUCGAGUAAUGAGGUUGAUUACAUCGCUGAGCACUCGAGUCCUCUCCGCGUCAACGGCCAAAGCCCCUCUGAAAACAAAUUCCUUCUUCGAUCGUUUCCUGUGGGUCUGACGGGUAUUCAAGGCAAGAAAGCGCUUGCUGAAGUGUUGGCGUAUGAUUUGAACGAGGCCAAGCCGGCGCCUUUGAAGACGGAGCAUGAUGCUUCGUAUUUUUCCAAGCUGGCUGAUUAUCCUACCCCGAAGUUACUCCAUCCUGUGAGAAAGGUGGUCUUUACUAUACGGAGUAAGGAUCAGGGGUGGGGUGGUGAACCAGAUAAUCGACAUACGUAUAACGGGGCAUGGACGUGGUUUGAAGCUGGCCUAGAGAAGUUUGAUGCAGAACAAACUUGUGAUCCAAACUGCACGUACGACGUGCGCUUCAAGUCAGCAUCCUCCGUCGCAUCACCUCUCCCCGUCUGCGCCCUCCGCCCUCUCUAUCCCUCCAUCGUCCCCAAAGGCAGCGACAACUUCGCGUACUCGCAUCCUCUCGCCCACCAAGAGAAGUGGACCAUCGUUCGCAACAAGGCAGCGCACCGCGCCUGGCAAGACCAUGUGAUUACGUGGGCGUGGGACGACGACGCCGAGCCCGACUCUGAAGCUGCUGUCAGGAUGAAGGCUGAGGAGGGGAGGGGCGGGGAGACUGGUGAUGGCUGGUUUGUGAGAGAUCUGAAGAUGGGGGAUGUUGUUACGAUAUGGGCAAAGGCGAGGUUUGGAGGGUGGGUUAAUCAUAUUGAGAAGGUCAAGAUUGAUGUUUAUUGGGCGCCUAAUCUUCAACAGACUUCAGCCAAUCCCGAGCUGCCUCCAAACUAUACACAAGAAAUGAGACUCAUCGCCAACGUCUGCAGAAAUCCAAGAUUUUUACUCUCAGCAACCUGUCUCGUUCACCAAACCCCAGCUCUUCACCACUUCACGCGCACAAUGUCUACCACGCUCAAGAGCCACAACAUCCCUCUCAGUCUUCCCGAUGGACUUUCAGAAGAGCAGCUCACUUCAUUCAAGCCAUUUACUAAUUGGGUCAACACACUCACAAACUCAUUGCGUCUUCAAUCUGAUGAAUCUCACCCCUUCCACAAAGACCCCUACUCUCUGCGCUCAGUUACCAUCCAAUCCUACGAUCUUUUCGGCGCCAAACGCAUCGGCUUCAUAAAGCUCACGGCAACAGUCUCCAACGACUCGGGCGAAACACUCCCAGCAGCCGCACUCCUCCGCGGUCCCAGCGUCGCAAUGCUCUUCAUGCUCAUCCCCUCCGACGUACCCGCCUCAUCCUCAGAGCGCUACGUCGUCCUCACAGUGCAACCCCGCGUUCCCGCCGGCAGUCUGAGCUUCACGGAACUACCAGCGGGUAUGGUCGAUGACGCAGGUAGCUUCGCCGGAGCAGCAGCGCAGGAAAUCAAGGAAGAGCUUGGUGUCACGAUAAAAGAAGAAGAGCUUACGAACCUGGGUGAGCUUGCUACAGCUGGGGAUAGUGAAGAUAUUGCGAGGGCUAUGAGAUGA